AUGCCAACAGAAGAGCAGACAUUGGCCAUUAUACAGGACGAACACGCCAUGUAUGGGCCAUUUUUUGGUUCCUUGGGUGUUUCGGCUGCGAUGAUGUUUACGGCAGCCGGUUCAGCGUAUGGUACGUGUAAAUCGGGCACCGGGAUCUCAUCAAUGGCCGUUUCGAGACCGGAUCUUGUCAUGAAGGCCAUUAUUCCUGUUGUUAUGGCUGGUAUCGUAGCUAUAUAUGGUUUGGUAGUGGCCGUAAUCAUAUCAGGUAAACUAGGACCUGGUGGUGAGUCAUACACGAUCAAUAUGGGAUUUAGCCAGUUUGCUGGUGGUUUAGUUUGUGGUUGGUGUGGAUUGGGUGCUGGUUAUGCGAUCGGCAUAGCCGGAGAUGCUGGUGUUCGGGCAUUAUCACAGCAGCCACGUUUCUUUGUCGGAAUGAUCCUUAUUCUUAUCUUCGCUGAACGAAUCGAUCAAUCGAAAAUGUCGUACGACUUGCAAACAGCAGAACACGCUGCCUACGCACCAUUCUUCGGUUAUAUGGGUGCCGCAUCGGCCCAAAUUUUCACCGUACUUGGUGCGGCAUACGGCACAGCCAAAUCAGCAGUCGGCAUCUCGAGUAUGGGUGUGAUGCGUCCUGAGCUUAUCAUGAAGUCUGUCAUUCCCGUCAUUAUGGCUGGUAUCAUCGGUAUCUACGGCCUUGUCGUAGCAAUGGUAUUGAAAGGAAAGGUAUCGGCAGCUUCAGCCGGCUACACACUCGAUAAAGGCUUCGCACAUUUGGCAGCCGGUCUGACUUGCGGUCUUUGUGGACUAGGUGCUGGGUAUGCAAUUGGUAUUGUUGGUGAUGCGGGUGUGCGAGGUACCGCUCAGCAGCCACGUCUUUUCGUCGGAAUGAUCCUGAUUCUUAUUUUCUCUGAGGUAUUGGGUCUAUACGGUAUGAUCGUAGCCCUUAUUUUGGGUACCUCAUAA